AUGGUCGGUUUCAUCAACGUCGCUAAGGCUACUGCCCUUGGAUUUGCUGUCCUCGCAGCCGCUCACCCCGGCCACGAGGAGCACUUCCACAACCGUGCUGCCAAGCGCAGCUUCAUGGCCAACUCGCGCCGCUCCCUGGACUCCUGCGCUGAGCACCUCGAGAAGAGGGGCACCCUGAAGUCUGCUGAGCUUCAGCGUCGUGCUUUCGUGGAGGACUUGCAGAAGAAGUCUCUAGCCAAGAGCAUCCGCGCUCGCGACACCGAUGCUGUACUCAACACCUCCCACCACUCAAGCAUUCAGAACCUUCCCUUCCUUCCCGAGUCUACCAUCUUCGCCGACAACUCGACCUGCAUUCUCUCCCCCGAGGGCGAGAUCGGACCUUUCUGGGUUACCGGCGAGCUCAACCGCGACGACAUCCUCGAAGACGAGCCCGGUGUUCCCAACUACGUGUACGCCCAGUUCAUUGACAUCAACACCUGCGAGCCCCUCCCCGAUAUCUGGUUCGAUAUCUGGAACUGCAACGCCACUGGUGUGUACAGUGGUGUCCAGUCCGACGGCAACGGUAACGGAGAUGAUGCAUCCAACCUGAACAAUACCGCGCUCCGUGGUAUCCAGAAGUCCAACGAGGACGGUGUCGCCCACUUCAGGACCCUUUUCCCUGGUCACUACGGCGGCCGCGCUACCCACGUCCACGUCGUUGCCCAUCUCAACGCUACCCUCCUCCCUAACGGCACCAUCACUGGUGGUAGCAUUCCUCACAUCGGUCAGUUGUUCUUCGAUCAGGACCUGAUCACCGAGGUUGAGGCUACUUCUCCCUACAAUACCAACGAUGUCGCCAUCACCCUCAACGCGGACGACCACGUCGUUGUUGCCGAGACCGAGGACAGCAACUCUGACCCCCUGUUCAACUACAUCUACUUGGGCGAUGACCUUUCUGAUGGUCUCUUCUCUUGGAUCACCAUUGGUGUCGACAGUACCCAGAAUUACAACACCAGCUAUGCUGCUUCUUACACAACCGAGGGUGGUGUCACCAACCCCGAGGGUGGCAUGGCCGAUAUGGGUGCCACAUUAUCUGGUGAUGAAAUCCGUUGA